UGGCGCCCCCCCGUGGGGCUCUUCAGCAGAUGCACCCACCGGACGUGUGCUCCGUCGCAGCAAUAUGACGCAGUGUGACGCAUCAUCAACACCAGACGCACAGCCACAAGAAACCAGCAGCAAACAUGCUUUUCUACUCGUUUUUCAAGUCGCUGGUGGGGAAGGAUGUGGUGGUGGAGCUCAAAAACGACUUGAGCAUCUGCGGAACACUUCAUUCUGUUGACCAGGUUGGAAAUGAUUAUGUUAUAUUCCUUUUUAUGUUCCAUUUUCUAUCUGACUGCCCAGUUAGGACUUCUAAUGGAGAUGGACUCAUUUGUGUGUUUCAGUACCUGAACAUCAAGCUGACAGACAUCAGCGUCACUGACCCUGAGAAAUACCCACACAUGCUGUCGGUGAAGAACUGUUUCAUCCGGGGCUCUGUGGUCCGGUACGUCCAGCUGCCUGCUGAUGAAGUGGACACUCAGCUGCUGCAAGACGCUGCACGGAAAGAAGCCAUGCAGCAGAAGCAGUGAUCGACCGGAAACGGGGGGGGGGGGGUUUGAGACGGUGAAUAAUGAGUACAUACGAGUUUUGAGUUGAUUUAAAGAAGAUCCAGUUUGUGCAGCUCUUGUAAUUAGGCAGCAUUGGACCUUUCCCUGUACUUUCACAGAGAACUUAAUCGCAUUCCAGACGUUAGUGAUCAAUCAUUUGCAAAAGACUAAUUAUUGGAAAUGGUCUUCAGCUCCGAGGCCGCGCAGCGCCCUUCAGCUGAUACCGUCCUUUGUUUUUCUUAAAAGAAAGAGAACUGAAUUCCAGUUUGAGCCCCGUAGAGGUAAACAUCUGUUGUAGUUUUUCUGUUGCAUAAUACAACCACUCUUGCUUAUCUUUAAAGAGUAUGACUUUUUGUUAUGCCACUUCAAAAAUAAAAAGCUAUUUUAUUACAUUU